UUCGUUGAGCGCCAACGGAUGGUUUGCCGACGUCGACUCUGUAAUUCAUUCUCGUCCUCAUAUCGUCCUCAUAUUUGUUGUUGAUGAUCCCUACUUGCAUUCAUUCCUUCGGAUCCCAGCCUGCCAUAUCAAUCACUUCAUCUCUGAUUUCUUGAUCAAUCAACACGACGACCGCCUUUCGAUGGCGGGUUAAGCAUGGCAAAUUUGCCCGCCCGAUCUACCACCUCAACCAACGGACGAAACGCAGGCACAUCACUUGCUCCAGACCACCAACUCGCAACUUCCCACACAGCACCUUCUCCCCACAGAAACAGGUACUGCUCGCUAUUCACUCUCCUUUUAUUCACCGGCCUGCGUUGAAACCCUUAUUGCGUUGCUGCAGAUUAGUCUGUCUACACUGCCUUCUCUACCGGCCUUUGACAUCCAGACCAGACAUCAAACUGCCUGCCUGUCCACUCCUUUUUAUUUCUGCAUUUUUGUUCAUCUCUGCUUUUUUACAUCCAUCUCCAUCGUUCUUGAUGGGACUGAUCACUCAUGUCUCGCAGAGUUACUCGCUCUUCUGUGAGGCUCGCAGCAGAGGCUGCCGCUCCCGAUUCUUCCAUCGAUCAACCCACCCAUCCACCUCCUUCCGCCUCCCGAAAACGAAAAGCAUCGAGCCGUCGGACAUCUGACCCUGUUGAGCAACCUGACGAAACAAGUCCUUCAUCCACUCGACGAGGUGGCAAGAGACAAAAGUUGACGGAAUCUGAGAGCACGGUUGCCCAACCCAGCUCUAAAAGCAGUCGGAGGAGGGGGCCAGCGAACGAGCCGGAAAUGUCUAACAAUGGUUCAUCUUCAAAAUAUACCGACGAAUCGAUUAAACAGACUUCCUCCAAAUCAGCCUCUAGACGUCCGUCCAGUCGAGGCAACAAGAAGAGCCCACCAGACGCUUCGCCUCCAGGGUCUGUGCCUGCACCUCGCCGACAGAAGAAACGCUUGGCCAAGAAAGACCAGGAUGUUGCCAUGAAAGACGACGAGGAAGAGAAUGAGAAGACUGGAAGAGACACAACCCCACCACCCCAUCGACCCAACGACGAUAGUAUCGACGAGGACGAUCAGAGCGGUAUGGAUGACGAUGAUGGCCCCGACCCAUUUUCUGCCGCCUUAUUUGGCUCGGGUCGAGGCCCUUCAGGCCUAUCGAAUACGCUAAGAGCAUUGAGCGGGAUGAUGAGCGGCAUGUCAUCAAGACUUAGAGACAUAUUGAACAAUCUCCGACAAGUUGAUAAUCCGACCAUGCAGAUGGUGGCUUUGGAAGAACUGUCGAAUCUCUUGCUCGUUUCAAAUGAAGACAACCUAUCUGGUCAAUUCUCGCCAGAUCCGUAUGUCAAGGAAUUGGUGGCUCUGAUGCAACCAAAUCCUCUUACAGGCGAAGAAAAUCCGGAAAUGAUGCUGUUGGCCUGCCGUUGUAUCGCCAACUUGAUGGAGGCUAUGAGAGGGUCUGUGGCCAACGUGGUGUAUGGCGGCGCCGUCCCUGUUCUGUGCCAAAAGCUGCUUGAUAUCCAGUACAUCGAUGUUGCCGAGCAGGCCUUGAGCACAUUAUCCAAGAUCUCCGUCGACUUUCCUGCAUCGAUCGUUCGCGAAGGUGGCCUAACUGCCUGCCUACAAUUUCUUGACUUCUUCGCCACUGGCACACAGCGAACAGCUGUCACAACAGCAGCAAACUGCUGUCGAAACAUCCCACAUGAUUCCUUUCCUGUUAUACGAGAUGUCAUGCCAAUUCUCCUCAAUGUCUUGUCUAGCCACGACCAAAAGGUCGUCGAGCAGGGCUGUCUUUGUGUCACAAGAGUCAUCGAUAGUUUCAAACGAAGCCCAGACAAGCUCGAGCAACUGGUCGAUCCACCGCUGCUUCGAGCUAUUCUUGGGCUUCUCCUUCCAGGCACCACGAACUUGAUCGGGGCCAAUAUCCAUACAGAAUUCCUCCGGGUGCUUGCAAUCGUCGCUCGGGCAAGUCCACGCCUGUCCACAGAACUUCUGAAGAUGAAUGUGGUCGACACAUUGUAUCAAAUUCUCACAGGAGUUUCGCCUCCGUCUGAAACUGCUGAUGCUGCCUCGAAGAUCGACAGCGUUGUCAUCAUGCAAGCUCUCAUCCAUAGACCUCGAGAACAGAUAUUCGAGACCCUCAACGUUAUCUGCGAGCUCCUCCCACUUCCCAAGUUCGAGGAUGACUCUGCAUUUGACGGGUAUGACGAUAUGGAAGGUGACUUUUCUGGCGACGAUGAGACACCAACAGAAUCUUCUCGGACGGAGCAAAGAAUCAGGUUGCUCGAAGGCUGCAAAGAUGAAACCCGUAGAUUCGCUAUGAUUCUACUUCCCACAUUGACCGAUGCCUACUCAAGCACCGUCAACCUGACCGUUCGACAAAAGGUUCUCGUCGCUCAGCUGAAAAUCCUCUGCAAUCUCGAAACUUCUGUUAUUGAGGAUGCCCUUCGACCAGUGCCCUAUGCAUCCUUCCUCGCCUCAAUCUUGUCCCAGGAGGAUCACCCGAGCUUGGUCAUGUUCGCACUGCAAGCAUCUGUUCUCCUCUUUGACAAACUUGAAGGAAUUUACCAGUAUCAGUUCCAUCGCGAGGGUGUCAUUAGUGAGAUUAAGAAACUUGCCAGCAGAACCCUCGAAAAGGAUAGAAAACUCUCACACGGUUCGACAACGGAACCAAGUGGCGAGGCUGAGGGCAGUUCAGAAUCGAAAACUGCCUCGAGUGCACAGAAUUACAAGGGCGACGAGGCUAACCGUGAGCUCGAAGACGACGAAGACGAAGACCUAGACCAAGAUGUCGAGGAACAUGGAGACGAUGAGGACGAGGACGAGGACGAGGACGGAGAUGAAGAUGACAAUGAUGAAGAUCAAGACGAAGACGAUAUGGCCGCCAGACAUGACCACGAUAUGGACGAUUCUCAGAGCUCAGAUUCCUCAGAUGAUAAUGAACUGACCUCUCCUCUCACAGCGUCCGGACUCUCGGACUUGGUCAUUACGAGAGCGAAGAAUUUCUUGGAAAAGUACGAUACAGCCAAGGGGAAAGAAAUGAAGGAGAAGGCAUCCAAGAUACGGGAGGAUCUCCAUAAGUUGGCGACUGACAUCGACUCUUACUAUCAGCAAAACCCCCAGGUUGAAUCGAGCAAUCAGCUGUUCAAACGUCUUGCCAGCUAUUUCGACGGCGAUGCUCUCGAGAGUAUCACAAGCUCAGAGUUAUUAGACUCUGGUGUAAUUCGUGCUCUUGUGGAAGCAUUGUCCGGAGAUGCGCCAGGAAGCCCCAGUGCUGCCAGAACACACUUCAUCUCGGCAUUCAUGGAGUCUAUCAACGAAGCGAAGAUCAAGACGACUGCUGCCUCGUCCAACCCAACAGCGUUUAGUGUUUUGAUCCAGAAACUGCAGGAUUUGCUUAGCCGUGCUGAACAUUUCGAGGUAUUGACGGUCAACAACAAUGCUUCAGAAAAUAGCAGGAGUAGCUCGACGUCCAUGCUUUCUCGCCAGCUACGGUUAAGACUCUCUGCAGACGCUAACAGCGACAUACCCCCUACAUAUCGCGAGAUGAUUGUCUCUAUACAUGCUAUUGCGACCUUCAAAGCUUUGGACGACUAUUUGCGUCCACGUUUCAGCAUCUCUGAUCGACCCGCUUCGGCCCAACGACGCAGAGAUAUGCUACAGCAAUUGGCCAAGGCCCGUCUUGCACAUCUGUCCGGGGCUGCAGAAUCAGGAUUACUGUCUCCUUUUGGGCAAGAAUUGGGUUCUCCGUUACCUCCAAGCGAGGCUCGAUCUGCUUCUCGUCUGUCUUCCCGGACCAAGCAGCAUGCUGACGACAACGAGAAGCCGGCGGAGGAAAAGGCAGCAGAGCAACCAAAGAAUCAGCGCUCUGGUCGACGGAGUCAAGCGUCCUCGUCCAAGCAACAACCUCAUAUUCCAGAGCCGAGUACCGAAGAAGAGACUGCAAAACUGGAAUGCGCGGACGAGAGAGUUCUCGAUGAUGAAGACACUGCUGGAGGUGAAGACGAAAAUGCUCUGGAGGCCUUCGUUGAUGGUUUGGAAGAGGAUAUGUCUGAAGAGGAUAUGCCUGAACCCGGUGCUGUCAACAUGGAAGUCGGGUCUACCGGAAAGGUUACAGCUCGUCAAGAAGAUGGGACACGGGUCUAUACUCCACAGCCAGGAACCCCAGUUCCAGGAACAACCCGCCCUCCUUCUUCAGGACAGUCGCCAGGACCAUUGCCAGCUGCGGGCACACGUCAGUCGUAUGCGGCAGCACUUGCUGCAACCCCGCAAGAUUGGCACAUUGAAUUCAGCAUUGAUGGAAAAGCAAUUCCCAACAACACAACAAUCUAUCGAGCGGUCCACCACAAUCGUGACCAACCACGAGAUCCUUCAUCUCGCAGCGUCUGGUCUGGAAUACAUACUGUGAAAUUCAGAAAGGUUCGGGGUCCUCCUCCUGACACAUCCAAUCUCUCUUCGCCAAAUGAAACGGAAAAGCAGGGCAGUGACGGCCUACCAGCAUCACUUGAUGGGCAUCCUGUUACGUCGUCGAUCCUUGCUUUGCUCCGAAUCCUGCACGAGCUGAACGCAAACCUGGACGAAAUCAAGGAAGACAUGAGUCAGACUGGCAUUGAAGUCUACAAAGAGCCGCUUGCAUCAUUCAUCAACACCAAGCUCACCGCUAAGAUGAACAGACAACUCGAAGAACCACUAAUCGUCGCUAGCAACUGUCUGCCUGACUGGAGUGAAGAUCUUGCGAGAUCAUUCCCAUUUUUGUUCCCUUUCGAAACUCGACAUCUCUUUUUGCAGUCAACCUCAUUUGGGUACUCACGCUCAAUGAUUCGAUGGCAGAACAAUCAAUCCGAGAACGAUGAACGUCAAGAUCGCCGUCGGGAUGACCGUCCUAUUUUGGGUCGACCUCAGCGCCAGAAGGUUCGCAUAUCCCGCCAUCGUAUCUUGGAGUCUGCCAUGAAGGUUAUGGACAUGUAUGGCGCCUCUCCAAGCGUCCUGGAAGUCGAAUAUUUCGAAGAGGUUGGUACUGGUCUCGGCCCAACACUUGAGUUCUAUUCGACUGUGUCUAAAGAGUUCUCCAAAAAGAAGUUGAAGAUGUGGAGAGAGAACGAUUCAGCGGCUACGGACCAGUUUGCUUUCGGAAAGAAUGGCCUCUUCCCAGCGCCUAUGAGCGAGGCAGAUACUCACACAGACGCGGGCAAGAAGCUGUUGUUGCUCUUCAAAACUCUCGGAAAAUUUGUGGCCCGGUCGAUGCUCGAUUCCAGAAUCAUCGAUAUCUCUUUCAGCCCGACAUUCUUUCGAGUGGGAGGCAUAUCCAACGUAGCUCCAUCGAUUGGUCUGCUGCGUACUGUCGACCAGGAUCUUGCAAAUUCCCUCGCGCAAUUACAACAAUAUGUGAAGGCUAAGACCAAGAUCGAACUCGAUGCAUCUUUGACAGAGUUGGAAAAGGCAAAUAACAUAGAGAACCUUACCAUUCGAGGAGCAAAGGUUGAAGAUAUGAUGCUCGACUUCACUCUCCCUGGGUACCCAAGCAUUGAUCUGCGUGAGAAAGGCUCUGAUAUCAGUGUCACCACGGAAAAUGUACAAGACUACAUCGACCAGGUAUUGGACAUGAGUCUUGGACGAGGAGUACGAUCACAAAUCGAGGCAUUCCAGACAGGGUUCUCGCAAGUGUUCUCGUUCACCACCCUCAAAGCUUUCACGCCGGACGAACUGGUCAUGCUAUUUGGGCGUGUCGAAGAGGACUGGUCGAUGGAGACUCUGACGGACUCAGUCAAAGCAGACCACGGCUUCAACAUGGAUAGCAAGAGUGUCAAGAAUCUCUUGCAGACAAUGUCGGAACUCAAUCCGGCUCAACGACGAGAUUUCUUACAGUUUGUCACCGGUAGUCCCAAGCUUCCUAUCGGCGGAUUUAAGAGUCUUACACCAAUGUUCACCGUCGUGUGCAAGCCAAGUGAGGCGCCCUACACAUCAGACGACUAUUUGCCCAGUGUCAUGACUUGUGUCAACUAUUUGAAAUUGCCCGACUACAGCAGUCAGGCCGUGCUAAAGAAAAGAUUAUUUGUUGCUAUCCGAGAAGGACAGGGUGCUUUCCACUUAUCCUAGUGGCGACAAAAACAUAUUCUAGCCGCUGACAAAAGCGCCCCAUGCUUGGAGAAUUCGGUUGCAGCAGGGCUAGAACAGCGUGGGGGUGCUUGUGAUUUGCCUGAUGGCGUGAGGGGCUCAGCGAGCUGGUGAGACGAGGUCGAGAUGAAGAAGUUGCGUCGCAGUAAUUGAAAUACUGCUUUUUGAUAAAUUGCACGAAGGAUUCAAAUGGGACAAGGCGUUUGAGACCAGUGCAUUGAUUGCAUUAGGCACGGAGUUUUCGGGUCACUAAUUCCAUUCCCUCCUAAAGCAAAGGGUUGGACGUUUGUUAGGACUGGGGCAACAGAUGACGAGCGGAAGGUCUCGACGAUGGUCAAUAGGAUCGUGUGUGUCCUGUUUUUUUCUAUUUUGCCCCCAAUUCCCCAAUGAUCAUGAGAAAACCAGCACAGAGAAAGUAUGAAUAUUCCCCUUCAUAGCAGUCAUAGUACCCUCACUAUGUAACUAUUCAAUGACCCCCAAAUGAUGAACACGAACGUCAAAA